UUCGACUCCAAAAUUACAACAUUGAGUGGGUUAAACAUCCAGAGUCUCGGCUAGUGAGGCUGUCACAACUGCUUUGGUCUUCUCCUAUAGUGUGCUCUGACAAUACUACCUUGGCUGACAGUAUUGCAGGUGUUGAGUUGUACGAGUUAACAUCUUUUCGCUAGGUAAACAACAGUCAUUUAGUAAUUGGUGAGUAGUACCAUGAUGAAAGCUUCGACUUUAGUUUUGGUGCUCUUGGUUGUAAUUUUGCUUUCAUCUGUGAGACUUUCCUUUGGAUAUCCGAAAAUAUUGAAAAAGAUAUCAGCAAACGGAAAAUCUUCAUUGCAAUCGCGGGGAGUGUCAUCCGAUGGAGAUGAACAUCAAGCAGUUAAACGACCCACUGACCUACCUUGCGUCGAUGAAAAAGACAGAUACCAUUGUUUUUACGACAUAGUGAUGGCGGAUGCGUGUUUAACGAAAGUGGAGGAGAUGUGGAAAAAUUGCAGAUAUUCUUGCAACUUUUGCUAGGUGAACUCAUGAAGACACAACGCCUUGUUGGCUUGUGAGACCGUCAAACUAUGGCAUUGGAAGCGCUACAUUUAUAGAUAUUUGGAAAUAAGUAACUAUUAAACUUGUUAUGUCAAUCAGUAGGCGUAGACAUCUUUGAAUUUAAAUAUAUCAUUCAUCUUAAGAAAGUGUGGUGUCUCUUGACUUUGUUAUUAAAAGUUUGUAUUCUCUUGUAGU